UUGGCGAAGGAAAGAAAGAAAGAGUGCCGGUUUUUUCAUACAUCCUACAAAAUAAACAUUUUCGUCGCAGUUUUAAAGAGUUUUUUCGAGAUCUUCGUAAUCAAGAAACCGAAAAUUAAAAUCUCCAUCUUCAGGAUUAAAUGGGUUAGAUUCUGAAAUUCGAUGUAAAAUGAUCACCACAAUGGCACAACUGGAAACGACGUUACGGAAUGCGUCGACGGCUUAUAUAUCCGAGAAAAAGCAUACGGCCGCUACUCACUAUAAAGCCGCACUCGAAUAUGUAACUGAUAAUCACAUGGAGGAUGAUGUGGUGAACAAGGAUAUCAUAAAGUAUGUGCUUAAUCUUAUUGCUUUGGAAUCAGAGAAAGGGGAUGAUUUAAUUACUGCCGUUUCUUCCCUAUCUUCGUUGGAAACAUGCAUAGGAGACAAAUUCCCAGCCAUUUAUUAUGCGCUUGCGAAGGCUCAUUCAAAACUCUUUAGAUUUGAACUAGCCGACGAAGCUGUAAAAAAGGGAUUUGCAUUUUUAAAUAGUGACAAAGAACUGAAGGAAUAUUACUUUCCUGGAACCAAAACUGUUCUGCCGGAGUCCACAAAAAAAGGCUUAUUGGAAGUUUUAAUGCAGCUAAAGGAAGAGUGUUCAGGUUGGCAUCGACCAGAUGCAAUUUGCAGCAGUCAAAAUUGUCAAAAUUUUACUCAAGUGCACUCGAUUCCAAAUCGAAAUAUAUUUUUUAGUGACCCUACUUUUACUGGAAUGGUAAGAGUUACUUGCAACAACUGCUCGCAUCCGUGCAAAGUCAAUUACCACCAAGUUUGUUGGAAAACUAUAAAAGAACAAUUAUCGCCUGUUGAAAAAAUAUCUGAUAAGGACGUAAUAGGAUUUGAGUGUUUUACGCCUAAUUGUGAAAACGAAACUACGCCCAGUGUUAUUAUUAAGAUAGAAGUAAUUGGAGAAAAUGCAGAAGUCAAGACAGUUAUUGAAGGGCCAGCAGCUCUUAUUCAGCCCCCAAAACCACCUCCCAUCGCCAAAGGAGCCAUUCGCAAACAAACCCAGCAACCCAAAGAAAAGAGGCGUUUCGAGAAACCUAAGAGGCCACCCACCGUUCCACAUCAAACGCCGCACCCCAAGGAACCUAGUAUCGAAAAAGACUACAUUGGGGAACAAAUAUUGUCCCUCGUAGCUCUUCGAGAAAAUAAUUUUGGUAUCUCUCCAGAACAUGAUUGGAGACCAGACAGAGAAAUGUACGGUAAUUUGAAUUUGACAGCGAUAGGCGAUGCAUUUCCAGAUCCAGAUUUUUCGAGCUCAGAACCUGAGAUUGCUCAAAUUGAGAGCUUCACUUUCUCAAUGCUCUAUGAAUAUAUUGUGAAUAACGGCCCUGUUAGAGUCAAGGACGUUCUGCAGAAAUGGGAAGAUACAAAGAGUAUUAUGCCAACCUCAGUCAAUAUUAUUAACAAUGAUAUAGAAAUUAUUGAUUUUUUAUUGCAAUCCUUGAAAAUUGCAAUGGUUGGAGAUUAUAUAUGCACAUCAAGGAUGCUGCCAGACGUCUACCGUACAAUCAAACAAAAUACGAGUGGAUGUCUCAAAUUUGCGAUGGAAACUGCCAUCGAACCGGAAGAAAUCGAAAUGGAAGAUGACGAUGUCUUCAACCAAAUAAUGCAAGAGGAGAGCUGCGGAAGUUCUCAUAGCAGCCAGCUACCUCCUGUUCCACAAUACGAAAAGAAACAAUCGAGUAAGAAGGUAGCACCAGCCCCUAAGCUGGAUUCAUCAAAUAUGAAAAUUGGAAAAUCCAAGAAACUUAAUAAAAAACCGAAAAUCAAAACUCCUAAAGGAGAAGAGCCCACAGAGGAAAUGCUGUAUCAAGGAAUACAAGGAAUUUACGCCCAGCUCGAAUCUUUUAAUCCAAUUUCCGGAUAUUCAAUUUCUGGCCUCCAGAUGGAUUAUAAUCAAACGGAUUACAAUCAAACGGAUUACAAUCAAACGGAUUACAAUCAAACUGAUUACAAUCAAAUUGAUUUCAGUCAGUACAUCCCGACAGAUGAAGCGGAUGCCGCACCGGAUGUGGAGGACGAGGUUCUUCAGCAAAUUAUCAGUAAUUCCACACCCCAAGAAGUAGAAAAGUCCCAGUUAAUCCAGAACAAUUUUCAAGCAAAUAAUUUUCAAGAGCUUCCGGAAAAUUUGAAAUCCUCGGCACAAAACGAGAGUGUGAUCGAGGAGGUGCGUCUUACGGUGAAGAAUUUUUUCGAGGAAUUUGAGCAGAAAAUUUUGAGAAAGAAGCAGAUGGCAAUGGGACCUCAAGGAGAUGGAUCUGUUAUUGAUGAGAAAUAUAAUGCGGCCGAUGAUUCAAGGCGAGGAAGCAAUAUUUCCCAGGAAAAUCCCACUGACGCGUCUGGAAAAUCAGUGGAAAUGGAGAACGAGGUGUACAAAAGGUACACGGAGCAUAUAGCCCAGCUAAAUACAGAAAUACAAAAUCUGUCCCGGCAAAAGACACUUGCCGAGCAGAAAGUCGGCCAAUUGAUGCAGGAAAAGGGCAAUAUUAUAAAGUCCUUUGAAGCGGAGCGCGAUCAUUUGAUGGAAAAAGUGAAGGUUUGCAGUAAUCUCGUCUCCACCACCAAAGACGUUGAGAUGCGCUACGAAUCUAUGAAAAAGGAUUUUACCAAACUCGUCCAAGACACAACUGCUGUGGUCACUCACAAGAAAGAAUUGGAACUCAAACUUGAAAAUUCCGCCAAAGAGAAGGAAGCAAUUGCCGAAGAUUUUGAAAAUCAGUAUCUUACACUUGCCAUGGAAAUGGGCAAAAUUUCGAAAGAACUUGAUGCUAAGACGAGAGAAUUAGAAAACGAACUGGAAGCUCGAUUGGAUUUGAAACAGACUUUGCUUCAAAAGUGUCUCAAUGCUCAAUUCAUAGCAAACAAGAAUUUAUUAACCGGAUACAUGGAGCAAUGCAAACUGACAUUAGAAGUCUUCACUGCAGCCAAUGCCUUCUUGAAAAACGCCUUAAACAUCUCCUUAUUUCCUGAGGCCCGCGAAUGGGCGAAAACUCUCUCCGACCUUCAAACAGUAAAUAUCGAGCACCAGGCCGAAUUUUCGAAACUUUUUGCAAUCUUGCAAUCGAAGGAGGAAGUAAAAUCAAUCGGAGACAUCAGUUUGAAGUUGAAUGAUGUGCCGGCAAAACCGGUUAUUUCAUUGCCCGAAAGUAUUCAGCGAGCCUUUUCCGUACUUCAUAUGCAUUUUAUGAAAAUGAUACCGCCCCGUAUUCCAAAUAUGCAGCAGCCACCGCCAUUGAUGCAUCCAGUAUUAGGUCAGCCGAUGUUCAUUCAAAAUCCCCAACAAGCGUACGUGAUGAAUUCCGGAUAUCCGUAUCCGAGAAAUCGAUUGCCUUAUCCGCCACUGCCUCCACAACAACAGCAACAACAACAACAGCAACAGCCAGUCCCCGCUCAGCCAGGAUUGGCUCCUUUCAAUUUUCCACGACCUGGACCGCCUAGUCCAAACAACAAUGGAAAUGGGAUUCUCAAUAAUAACAAAAUAACGAGCUCAGUUUCCAGUACUAUAGUAAAAAUCGUCGAUGACGCGGAAACGAAAGAACAAGAGGAAUCAGUACAGGGUUCUUCAGAAAAUUUGAAUGUCAGUUUGGAUGAGGUAUUGAUAGAAGAGAAAGAAAAACUCAGCGAAAUUUCGAGCAUUGGCGGAAGUACGACGUCCCUUUCAGCAAAAUCGGAAUCGGCCGCAACUCCGCCACUAAAUGGCUUGCAACUUAAGAAACCGAAAUAUGGCAUUGAUAGAGUAAUGCAGAAAUUGCGUACUGAAUUCCUUGGUGUUCCAGAACUGGAUUUGAUUGAGAGCAUAUCAGAAAUUCGGAAAAUGCACAAUAAUUCACUGAAUGGAAUGAGAACUUCCGAGAUUGUUAAAGAGGCCAGACAGUUUAUAGUGAAACGUCAACGGCAACGUAGGUCUAAUUUUGUAGAUAUUUGUGAUUAUACCACCGAAAAUACGCAGCCGGAGCCCAAGGAGGAAAAACAGGAAAAUCCGGAAGUUGUUUUGAGUAAAGAAAAACCACCUGUCGAAAAUAAAGACUACUUCCAUCCAUUCGCUUUCGAACGUUUGUCAGUCAUACGCAAUCGUCAAAACUCCUUAUCCUCUACUUCUUCAGUGGGCUCUGCUCCCAAGCCGGAGUCUAAGAAGAAAACACCCUCAAAACCUGCUUGGGUUCCGAUCAAGUCAAGUGACAAUAAAUGGAAAAAAGAAGCUCAAGAAGCAGAAUGUAAUAUUUGCAUGGACCCGUUAGAAAACACUGGUUUCAAAAAAGCCGUAUAUACCUUAAGAUGUCAACAUGCAUUCCAUACCGAGUGUAUUAGAAGUUGGUUCCGACAGAGUCAAUCGUGCCCGACUUGCCGAGUAUUUUCAACAUUGGACGACGACUUCCCUCCACUGCCUUCAUAACAUUAUUCUUCUAAUACCAUUUCUCUUUAACUAAGCUAAGCCUUUGGCGUUACAUUUUUUUAAUCUUUUUUUUUACUUCAUUCAAGGGCAAAAUAUCUACUCUUACCCCUAAAGGUUUUUAAAAAACGCAAGGAAAUUGCGGUACAAGUGCCAUUUUCGGUAUGAGGAACCGCAACUUUAAGUGAUCAAAACAAUGCCAGAAAAAGACUGUCAGAGAACUCUUUACUUUUUCUAAAAAAGAAAGAAAACCCCCAAAAAAUGGAAAUUUUAACGAAUUCUGUUUGUUAUCUGGAAUAAAUAUUACACUUGGCUAUUUUUUUCUUUUA